CAGUCAAGAAUUACCGUUAGUCCGUUACUUCCAUUCCUCUGUUUCUCACUCUCUCUGUCUGUGUCUCUCUUGACUCUUUAGUCUCCAAUGGCAUUGUGUGCACCUACUCACAACCUAUCUCUUAGCUCAGUCAAAAGCCAUGCAAGAAGAAGACCAAGAAGUAGAAGAGGCUAUGGGACUGGGAUGGUUGCAAUGGCAGCUUCAUACGAGUACGAGGAGGGACAGUUAGAGAGCCCCAAGUGGGCUGGUCAGACCCCACUCUCUCGUCUUGUUCGAACUAUCAUUUCCUUCAAGCCCCUCUACUCUCUGCUCAAGCUCGGGGCUAGAAAUGUCCUCAUCAGUACAGCUGAGAAGAAGAACAUUCCAUGGAGGGAAAUGACAAAGGAGAUUCUAGAAUCAGAUGUAUAUAAGGAGUUGGAGCGCGUUCAGAACCCUUCACUUGUAUACCCAGAUUAUUACCUGAAUCCUUUUCAUGCAUAUGAUGAGGGCAACCUUUCAUGGCUGGCUGCGGCAGAAGCAGAGGCUGCAACAAUGUCAAUGGCAAGACGAGCAAUACCUGAUGCUUCUUCCUUAGAUGAAGCUAAUGAAAUAAUACGUGGAAAUUGGCUUCAAGCAAUUGAGCAGCAUCAUCUGCAGUACUCCGGAAAUUCCACGAUCAGGGACAUCUUAGAUGUUGGAUGCUCAGUUGGUGUCAGCACAGGCUAUCUUGCUGACAACUUUCCAUCAGCUAAAGUCACAGGUCUAGAUUUGUCACCUUACUUUCUUGCUGUAGCUCAAUUUAAGGAAAAGAAAAGAUCCCCAAGAAAGAAUCCAAUAAUCUGGAUUCAUGCAAAAGGGGAAGACACAGGCUUGUUGUCCAACUCCUUUGACCUUGUUUCCAUGGCUUAUGUGCUUCAUGAAUGUCCUGAAAAUGCAAUAGUCAAUUUAGUGAAGGAAGCAUUCCGUCUCCUUCGACCAGGAGGCACAGUUGCCUUGACAGAUAAUUCACCAAAGUCAAAGAUCCUUCAGGAAUUGUCUCCAGUUCUGUUCACAUUGAUGAAGAGCACUGAACCAUUCCUAGAUGAAUACUACCUGAAUGAUCUGGAAGCAACAUUGAGAGAAGCUGGAUUUGUUAAUGUACACACAGUUCUCACUGACCCAAGACACAGGACAGUGACUGCAACGGUGCCUCAUUAACCCAUCACAUUUAGCUCCAAUUGAGAAUCUAUUGGCUCCAAGUCUAAGGGCCACAGCUUAACUGCAUAAAUAUACAAGUUUGACAUCAUGGAACAUAUGUGCCUUGAACCUACUUCUGAGGGUUAUUCAUUUAACAUUUUGUUUGUUCCUUGAGUCCCUAUUGUUAAAUGUACUUCACAGAAUGACAAGUGAGUUUUCUUGCUUGUUUAGUUGGCAUCAGAUUGCUUUGUUAGCUCUUUAUAUUAUGUUUGUAAAUUGAGAACUCUACUGAAAACUCUCUCAAGGAUACAUAUUUUUUACGGCAUCAAGUUUGUUUCUUGAGCUGUAUUUGGGUAUUACCUAGUUGGACAGAACUUGAGGCGUGUUGUAACUUUUUUUUUUUUUUUUGAGAAAGUGAUGCGUGUUGUAACUUGUAAGCAAAUUUAUUGGACUUUGGAACAUAAUUUUAGUUGAGACGCAUUUGAUA